CGUUGAAAAUUUUUUGAACCAUGAAGUUCGUGCUGUCCGUGUUUUUGGUGGCCCUAGUGGCCGGCAUUGUGGUUGCUGAUGAUAGCAAAGGUCCCAAAGUGACCGAAAAGGUUUUCUUUGACAUCACCAUUGGCGGUGAGCCCGCUGGUCGUAUUGAGAUUGGCUUGUUCGGCAAAACUGUGGAGAAGACCGUGAAGAACUUCAAGGAGCUGGCGGAGAAGCCACAGGGCGAGGGCUACAAGGGAAGCAAGUUCCACCGCAUCAUCAAGGACUUUAUGAUCCAGGGCGGCGACUUCACCAAGGGUGACGGCACCGGCGGACGCUCCAUCUACGGCGAGCGUUUCGAAGAUGAGAACUUCAAGCUGAAGCACUAUGGCGCCGGCUGGUUGAGCAUGGCCAACGCUGGCAAGGACACCAACGGCUCCCAGUUCUUCAUCACCACCAAGCAGACCAGCUGGCUGGACGGACGUCAUGUUGUCUUCGGCAAGAUCCUGUCCGGCAUGAAUGUAGUGCGCAAGAUUGAGAACGGUGCCACCGAUGCCCGCGACCGUCCCGUCAAGGAUGUGGUCAUUGCCAACAGCGGCAGCAUCCCCGUGGCCGAGGCUUUCUCCGUUGCCAAGACUGAUGCCACCGACUAAGAAAUGGCAGAUUUUAAUCAUCCCAUAAUAAAUUUAAUCAACUUGAACUACAUAAGUAAAUAUCAUAAUUGUGCAACCAUCAA